AUGAAGGGUUUAAAAGUUCGAUCUUUAGUUUCUCUGGUAAUAACCUUGUGCAUUUUAAAUGUCAUCGAUGCCGGAACCAUUCCUACGCCUAGAAAUCUUUUAAAAGCACGUGAUUUACCAGUCUCUACAAAUGGUAAAUGUGGUUCAUCAGCUGGAACUCGAUGUGCGAGUGGAUCGUGUUGUUCUCAAUAUAAUUUCUGUGGUACUACUUCCGCAUACUGUUCAACUGGAUGUCAAUCGUCAUUUGGAACUUGUGGAACCACCUCAACUCCACCACCAACUGGUUUACCAAUCUCUACAGAUGGAAAAUGUGGUUCAUCAGCUGGAACUCGAUGUCCGGAUGGAUCGUGUUGUUCUCAAUAUAAUUUCUGUGGUACUACUUCCGAUUACUGUUCAACUGGAUGUCAAUCGUCAUUUGGAACUUGUGGAACCUCAACCCCAGUAACUGGUGAAGUUGAACAGUUUGAUAAAUGUACCAAAUCAAACACCAUCGCACUAACAUUUGAUGACGGUCCACGAAACGUCACCGCAAAAUUGCUUGAUGACCUUAAAGCAAAUAAUGUAAAAGCCACAUUUUUCAUGAACGGACAUGCAUUCCCAGAACAUUGCAUUUAUGAUUACGCCGCUAUUUUACAACGAGCAUACAAAGAAGGACAUCAAAUAGCUUCACACACAUGGUCACACCCUCAUUUAACUCAAGUAUCCGAAGCCGAAAUCAAUUAUCAACUUGAACAAAAUGAAAUUGCAUUCAAAAAGAUUAUUGGCGCAAUCCCGACAUACGCCCGUCCACCAUUUGGAGAACACAACGCAUUAGUACGUAAAGUGUUGAAACAACGAGGAUACAAGAUGAUUAUGUGGGAUAUUGACACUUUAGAUUGGCAAGAGGAUUUACAACAGUCUAUUAAAAUCUUUGAUAGUGAAAUGAACAAGUCACCUCAACCUAAUCCUCAUAUCGUGUUAAAUCAUGAUAGAGUUGAUACCACUUCCACUACCCUCGGACUUUAUGAAAUUAAGGAUGGUUUAAAGAGGGGGUAUAAAGUGACAACAGUUGGCGAUUGUGUAGGACAAUCUAAUCAAAAUGAUUGGUAUAGAGAUAUUGGUGAAUUUCAAAAACCCGAUAAAAAUUAUUCAUUAGAUUUUCCAACCAAGUACGGAGGUUUUAACAAGAUCAACGAUUCUCCUACAUAG